AUGGCUCAAGUUAGUAGAAUCCAUAAUUUAGCUCAGAGUGCUCAAGUUCUUCCUAAUGCUUUCGAUUCCCACAAGCCCAGAUAUUCCAGUUCCAUUUCAUUGAGGUCUCAGCUGUGGGGCUCCUCAAAAUGUUGGAACUUGAAGCGUGGUAAUGGAUGCGCAGCUGGAAAUCGCAAGGUGGGUAGGUUUAGGGUUUCUGCGUCAGUUGCCGCGGCAACCGUGCCGGAGAUUGUGUUGCAACCCAUUAAAGAAAUCUCCGGUACCAUUACUUUGCCUGGGUCGAAGUCUCUAUCCAAUCGAAUUCUGCUUCUUGCUGCUCUCUCGGAGGGAACAACUGUUGUGGACAACUUGUUAGAUAGUGAGGAUAUUCAUUAUAUGAUUGGUGCACUAAGUACCCUUGGGCUAAAUGUGCAAGAUAACAAGCAAAUCAAACAAGCAGUUGUUGAAGGCUGUGGUGGGAGAUUCCCCGCUAGCAGUGAAUCAAAUAAUGAAGUUAAAUUAUUCCUUGGAAAUGCUGGUACAGCAAUGCGCCCGUUGACAGCAGCUGUGGUUGCAGCAGGUGGAAAUGCAAGCUAUAUUCUUGACGGAGUGCCACGAAUGAGAGAGAGGCCAAUUGGAGAUUUGGUGGCAGGUCUCAAACAGCUUGGUGCUGAUGUCGAUUGUAUUCUGGGCACAAACUGUCCACCUGUUCGUGUGACUGGGAAAGGAGGACUUCCUGGAGGAAAGGUGAAGCUGUCUGGAUCAAUUAGCAGCCAAUACUUAACUGCGUUGCUGAUGGCAUCUCCAUUGGCCCUUGGUGAUGUGGAAAUUGAAAUUAUUGAUAAACUGAUUUCUGUUCCAUAUGUUGAAAUGACAAUAAAAUUGAUGGAGCGAUUUGGAGUUUCGGUGGAACACAAUGAUAGCUGGGAUAGAUUCUUGAUCCGAGGAGGUCAAAAGUACAAGUCUCCAGGCAAUGCUUUUGUUGAAGGUGAUGCCUCUAGUGCCAGUUACUUCCUUGCAGGUGCAGCUGUAACUGGUGGCACUAUCACUGUUAAGGGCUGUGGAACAAGCAGUUUACAGGGAGAUGUAAAGUUUGCUGAAGUUCUUGAGAAGAUGGGGGCUAAAGUUUCUUGGACAGAGCAUAGUGUUACUGUCACUGGACCCCCACGAGAUUCUUCAGGUUAUAGAUUCUUGCAAGGCAUUGAUGUCAACAUGAACAAGAUGCCCGAUGUUGCCAUGACACUUGCAGUAGUUGCACUAUUUGCCAAUGGUACCACCAUUAUAAGAGACGUGGCAAGUUGGAGAGUCAAAGAAACAGAAAGAAUGAUUGCUAUUUGCACUGAACUCAGGAAGCUCGGAGCAACGGUCGAAGAAGGCCCGGAUUACUGUGUGAUAACCCCGCCAGAGAAAUUGAACGUCACAUCUAUUGACACAUACGACGACCACAGAAUGGCCAUGGCAUUCUCUCUUUCUGCUUGCGCCGAUGUUCCGGUGACCAUCAACGAUCCCGGUUGCACAAGGAAAACAUUCCCCGACUACUUCGAUGUCCUUGGCAAGUUUACCAAGCAUUGAAUAGUCUUUGUACAUUCAUGGGAACUAGAGCAAGUUAAGAUUUGGAUCCUCUGAAGUACUUCAUUUUGGUUAGGUAGAUUGAUGGCGAGACAAUGGUACGUCCUACUUCUACGUGCACGAACCGUGUACCAUCUAGAAGUGGAGCGUACUAUUUUCUUCCUAUCUCUCUCUCUCUCUCUCUGCGCUUCACAUAUAAAUUGCUUCAGAUGAUUCAAAUUUGAGGUAAAAUUAUCAGAAACAGUGAGGAUAUGGUUUGCCAUUAUUUUCCAGAAACAGUGAGGAUGUGGUUUGCCAUUUUUUCCCCCUUUAUUGUAUGUGCUUGCGACUUAAUAUAACUCAUCUUGCUUUUGUAUUGAAAUAAAAGUAAGGUUUAGAAGAGAUAGUAUCUCUAUUCAAUUUCUUUGUGAGCAUUAUAAAGGACUACUCGGGUCAUUUUAGUGUGAUGGAUCAGUGAAGCGUUCAAGUAAUGUACUGGCCAAACCGAAAGUCUCGAGUGAAGAGAAGGUUGUUUAAUGGGUUAAGGGGUAUUUAACAUUUUAAAA